AUGGCUAUUAUUCUGGGAAACAUCUUGAUAGUGCUAACAGUGAGAGCUGAUGCUCACCUGCUCCAGACUCCUAUGUACUAUUUUUUGGGCUAUCUCUCCUUCAUUGACCUUUGCCUGAGCUGUGUUACUGUGCCCAAGAUGUUAGGGGAUUUCCUGCAGCAGGGCAAGAUCAUUUCACUUUCAGGAUGCUUGGCCCAGAUCUACUUCCUGCACUUUCUGGGAGCCAGUGAGAUGUUUCUGCUGACAGUCAUGGCCUAUGAUAGGUAUGUCGCCAUAUGUAACCCUUUGCACUACCCAACGGUCAUGAACCGCCCACUAUGCUUUCAGCUGGUUUUUGCUUGCUGGUGUGGGGGUUUCAUCCACUCUAUCACACAGGUCACCCUGGUCAUCCAGCUGCCCUUCUGUGGCCCCAAUGAACUGGACAACUUCUACUGUGAUGUCCCACAGGUCAUCAAACUAGCCUGCAUGGACACAUAUGUGGUAGAGGUGCUGAUGAUCUCAAACAGUGGUCUUCUCUCUCUUGUCUGCUUCUUGGUUUUGCUGUUCUCUUAUGCUGUCAUCCUGAUCACUCUGAGAACUUGCUUCCACCAGGGCCAGAGCAAGGCACUCUCCACGUGUGCAUCCCACCUGACAGCGGUCAGCCUCAUCUUUGUGCCAUGUGUUUUCGUCUACCUGAGGCCAUUCUGCAGCUUUUCUAUGGAUAAGGUACUCCGUCUUUUACACAGUGAUUACCCCUAUGUUGAACCCCCUCAUCUACACACUCAGAAAUACUGA